AUGUUUCUUCUUCAUAACGGAGGAGAAGCUAUCGGAAAAUUGCAAUUAGUUCAGACUGUGUUUCGUCACGGAGAUCGCACUCCCGAUGAUUUUUCACGAUUUCGCACCAAUUUUUAUCCGAAUAAUCCGUACACACCGAGAGAUCAUCAUCCGAUACCCGCCGGUGCCUUGACAAAUAUUGGGAAAGCAAGAUCUUACGAACUAGGAAGAUUCUACCGACAAGCUUAUGGAAAAUGGUUGGGAAGUGAAAAUGCAGUGAAAUUCUUCGCCAGCAUGGUUCCUCGAACCACAGUGACUGCUAGAUUGGUAGCAACGGGUCUCUUCCCCUCAGACCCCGAUGAAAAGUGGAGCGAAUCCCUCCAACUGCGACAAAUUCCAAUUCAUGCGGCUAGAAAUGCCGAGGAGAGCUGGUUCUAUUUUGCCGCUGCCGGUCUGUGCAACAAUUCCAGAAGAAUGCAGAGGAUUGUCGAGAAGACAGAGCCUGCGGUGGUUAAAUAUCUUGAGGAAAAUAAAAAAUUCUACGAGUAUAUAUCACGACACGCUGGGUACAAUGGUACAUAUGAACUGGCUUAUUUUCUCUACGUCGCGCUGUUAACUCAGUGGGAAGUGGGUCUGAAGCCACCCAAGUGGUCUGAAGGUAUUUUCCCUGAGGGAAAACUCAAGGAUGAAGCUCCCAUGGUCUUCGUUAUACAAGGGUUCACCGAUGAACUCAAGAAGUUUGGAGGAGCAAAGUCGUAUUCUCUCUUCCCUUCACCAAAGUUCUUUUCUCAAGGUCUGUGGCUGAAAAUGUGGCUCGAAAAUAUUGACAAGUACCUGAAAAACAAAGGAGCAGAUAAGAAAUUGAUUGCCUGGUCCGGUCACGAUCAAAAUAUUGGAAGUUUACUCGUAUCACUGGACAAUUUCGACGAGCCUCACCUUCCUGAUUACAACAGCGCUAUUAUCCUGGAACUGCAUGAGAUUAAACAACAGUAUUAUGUGAAGAUCUUGUACAAAAGAAAUGGGGAAGCCGAUCCGUUACGUGUUCUUGGGUGCCCAGAUAUCUUAUGUCCUCUAGAAAUUUUCCGGAAUGAAACAGCUAGUAUUAUACCUCGGGGAAAUGCCACGGAAAUUUGCGAAACAGUUCUGACUUUAUAAAAUUCUAAUAACUUUAAGUCAUCCAUUCAUUAUGUGUUCAAUUCUCAGGUUUAUAAGUAUAUUAA